AUGAGUCUAUGCAAACAACAGUCCGCGCGACUGAGUCACAGUCUAGCUCGUGGUCAUCCCACAGUCGCAGUACUCUAUCAAGCCCUCGAGCCACCUGUUAUCAACGGUGCCCGCAAGCCUCGCAAGCCUGGUGGCUAUCAAGACUCAGGCGCAGACAUUGCUUACACGCUUCGUAAGCAUGGUGUCCGCGUCCUCACCCCCACGGCAUCUCCGAAUCCUUCAAUGCAGGAAGGCUGGUGCUUCCCCGACACCGAAGAAGGCAUCCUCUCCGCCGUAACGCAAGGUGCUACACACCUCUGGGCCAAUACGGUCUUGUUCUCCUCGCAUCCACUGCAGGUGUCGAAAUCACUGACUUCCAACGACCCUCUUUAUGUCGUCGGACAACCCCCAACGCUGGUAGAGGACUUUGACGACAAAGCCUAUCUGAACGAGCAGCUCCGCAAACACGGCUCUUUCACUCUCCCGCAGUCCUGGCUUGUCCGCGCCACAGACAAUAUUACCUCGAUUCUGGACUCUAUCCCCCAUUAUCCCGUCAUUGGCAAACCCGUUCGUGGCCGUGGUAGCCACGGCGUGAAGCUUUGUCGCGAUCGUGCAGAGCUUGAGGCACAUGUCAACACAUUGGUGCAGGAAUCCCCGGUGGUUCUGGUCGAAGAAUUUCUCACCGGCGAGGAGGCGACUAUUACGGUCAUGCCGCCGUCCGCGGGUCAUGAUUCGCACUGGAGUCUCCCCCCGGUCACGCGAUUCAAUCAUGUCGACGGGGUGGCGCCUUACAGUGGCGCGGUGGCUGUUACUGUCAAUUCGCGCACGGUGACUGCGGACGAGAUGAAGGACGCAUCUUAUGGUUCCGUGAUGCGGCAAUGCGAGCAGAUUGGGAAGUUAAUCGGGGCUACCGCACCCCUACGUAUUGAUAUCAGAAGGUUCCGCGAGGGAUCUGAAUUCGCGAUUUUCGACAUUAACAUGAAGCCUAACAUGACUGGCCCUGGCCGUCCUGGCCGUGAAGAUCAGGCCAGUCUCUGUGCCCUCGCUGCCGCUGCUAUCGGAUGGGAUUACGGAACCCUCCUGCAGCAUAUUCUCGAAGGCGCAGUAUCACUGGACCAGUUCCGGAACUACAAGAACCCAUUCUCGCGGUUCUAAUACUAUGCAAUCGUUGCCAGCCAGG